GAAAGGUUUUUUUAAUUUUUUUUUCAUGAGUUGCCUCAUAAAAACAGUUCGGCUAUACUUGGGGACUUUUACAUUGAAAUCUAAUUUGUUUAUUUGUUACACCCAAUAGCCGAAUUCACAGGUUGAGAACACGCUUCGUAAACAUGGAGAACUUCAACACUAUGUUCGAAUGUGGAAUUAAGUUAAAGUUUAGCUUGCAGUUUCUUCGUCAUUGAAUAUAACCUUUCCUAAACUGCUUAUUUAGUUUAGUGUCUGUGGUUCUGGAACAUCUGCUUUGGAAUUGGUAGGAAAUGGCAGGUAGUGGUCACAGUGCUAGCUAGCUAGCCAGCUAGCUAAUUAAUCAGCCAAAAAGUCACUGUCAGCAGUAGCUAGCUAGCUACAUACCAACCCUUUCAGCAGCUAAAAAAGUCUAUAAAGUUAAUUUCGGCUUGUUGUAGAUUUUAGGCUUCAUUCGUCGUUGGUACAAAAUACUACCAAAUAGCUAAGUUAGACAGCUAGCUACUGUUUAGAUAUAUUGUCAAAUUAUUAAGAAUGUUACCAGGGACUUUUAGCUAACUAGAAAUAUAGCUAGACAACCAGAUUAAUCAUAUUUCUUGCAAUCAAACCUUCAGACAACAUUGAUUGAGUUCUGUGGUAGUUGGACACCUCCCUACCUAAAUUUACCAGGCUGGAUUAGGUUAUAGAUAGUUAUAUGCGUUUGUUUUUAUGCAUAUGUUUUAAACCACCAGGCGGGCGAAAUUAACUAGCUAGUUUGCUACCUGUCUAGGGUUAUAAUAUAUGUGGCACUAUAUAAAAAAAAUGAAAAAACACUGAAGUUUUCUAAAAGAAAGCAGGGCAAACAGUUGCAGUGAACGUUCUUGUAAUGAUGAGCGCUUGUAAGCCAGAUAUCUUAUGGUCACCACAUCAUGCGGACCGAUAUGUGAUUUGUGACUCAGAACUUAGCCUGUAUCGAAUUGGAGCUGUGGGUACGUCAGAGGCCAAGGCUGGAUCACUCCCGCUGUCUGAGGAGACAGCAGCCACAUUGCUGGCCAUUAACUCAGACACCCCCUACAUGAAAUGCGUGGCCUGGUACCCAAAGCAUGAGCCGGAGUGCCUGCUCGCCGUCGGUCAGGCUAAUGGCAGGGUGGUGCUCACCAGCCUUGGCCAGAGCCACAACUCCAAAUGCAAAGAGCUUAUGGGCAAGGAGUUUGUGCCAAAACACGCCCGUCAGUGCAACACCCUGGCGUGGAACCCCGUGGACAGCAACUGGCUUGCUGCUGGUCUAGAUAAGCACAGAGCGGAUUUCUCGGUGCUGAUCUGGGACAUCUGCAGUAAAUAUUCCCCAGAGGCCGUACCAGCCGAGAAGCUCCGUCUGUCCGGCGAUGCCGAAUCCGGCAUGGUGGUGACUAAGCCGCUGUACGAGCUGGGUCAGAAUGAUGCAUGCUUGUCCCUUUGCUGGCUACCGCGCGACCACCAGAAGCUGCUGCUGGCUGGCAUGCACCGCAACCUGGCCAUCUUCGACCUGCGCAACACCAGCCAGAAGACCUUUGUCAACACCAAGGCCAUCCAGGGCGUGACGGUGGACCCGCACUUCCAGGACCGUGUGGCGUCUUUCUUCGAGGGCCAAGUGGCCAUUUGGGACCUGCGGAAGUUCGAGAAGCCCGUCUUCACGCUGCCGGAGCAGCCCAAGCCGCUGACGAAGGUGGCGUGGUGCCCGACGCGGAUGGGCCUGUUGGCCACGCUGACGCGCGACACCAACGUCAUCCGCCUCUACGACAUGCAGCACGCGCCCACACCCAUCGGAGAUGAGACCGAGCCCACCGUCAUUGAGCGGGCGGUGCAGCCGUGCAGCGAGAGCACCAUCAGCAGCUUCGCCUGGCACCCGUCCGCCCAGAACCGCAUGGUGGUGGUGUCGCCCAACCGGGCCAUGAGCGACUUCACCGUGUUCGAGCGCAUCUCGCUGGCUUGGAGUUCCACCACCUCGCUAAUGUGGGCGUGUGGGCGUCACCUGUACGAUUGUGCCGAGGAGGGCGGGUCAGCUGCUGAGAAGGACAUCGCCACCAAAAUGAGAGAGCGUGCUCAGUCGCGUUAUGGCCAUGACACCGUCCAGGUGUGGAGGAACCACCUGCUGGCUGGAGGAAAUGACCCUCAGCUGAGGUCCCUCUGGUAUACCUUGCAUUUCAUGCAACAAUAUACUGAGGACUUGGAACAGAGGCAACAGGGAAAUAAACAGUCUCUGAUCUACUCAGGCAUCAAGAACAUUGUCAAAUCCAGUUCUGGCACGACAGAGAUCCGGCGGUGCUGGAAGGGCUCGGAAAGGCCGGCGGACGUGGCGCAAUACCAAAGCGAGGAGCGUAGCCUGGCGCUGCGGCUGUGUGGCUGGAUCGGCCGCGGGCCGGACGUCGACAUCGAGCCCUUCCUGAAGUCCCUGGAACAAGAGGGCGAGUGGGAGCGGGCUGCCUCUGUGGCCCUCUUCAACCUGGACAUCCGCCGCGCCAUCCAGAUCCUCAACAAAGGAGCCUCUUCUGAGAAAGGUGACCUGAACCUGAACGUGGUGGCCAUGGCCCUGUCGGGCUACACGGAUGAGAAGUCCUCCCUCUGGAGGGAGAUGUGCAGCUCACUGCGGCUGCAGCUCCAGAAGCCCUACCUGUGCGUGAUGUUCGCCUUCCUCACCAGCGAGCCCGCCAACUACGAUGCAGUACUGUAUGAGAGUCGAAUGGCUGUCAGAGACAGAGUGGCCUUUGCCUGUAUGUUUCUAAAUGACAAUCAGCUGCCUCGUUACAUAGACAAGCUGACCAAUGAGAUGAAGGAGGCAGGGAAUCUGGAGGGCAUACUGCUGACGGGCUUGACGAAAGACGGCGUGGAUCUGAUGGAGAGCCACGUGGACCGCACGGGAGACGUGCAGACAGCCAGCUUCUCCAUGCUCAGGGGCUCAACUGCAGAGGUGGUGAAGGACCCACGUGUGCAGUGCUGGAUUGAGAACUACCGCCACCUGCUGGAUGCGUGGAGGUUCUGGCACAAGAGAGCUGAGUUUGACAUCCACAGGAGCAAGCUGGAUCCCAGCUCCAAGCCUCUCGCUCAGGUGUUUGUGAGCUGCAACUUCUGUGGCAAGUCCAUAUCGUUCAGCUGCUCGGCCAUGCCCCACCAGGGCCGCGGCUUCAGCCAGUACGGGGUCAGCGGCUCCCCCACCAAGUCAAAGGUCACCAGCUGUCCUGGCUGCCGCAAGCCGCUGCCACGCUGCGCUCUGUGCCUGAUGAACAUGGGUACACCUGUGUCCACCUGCACAGGCACGGGGAAGUCCGAGGAGAAAGUCGACCUGCCAAGAGAUAAGAAGCUUGCCCAGUUCAAUAACUGGUUCACCUGGUGCCACAACUGUCGUCAUGGAGGCCACGCUGGUCAUAUGCUUAGCUGGUUCAGAGACCACAGUGAGUGUCCAGUGUCAGCCUGCACCUGCAAAUGUAUGCAGCUGGACACCACAGGAAACCUGGUGCCCUCAGACACUGUGUAGCAGCCCUGGAGCUGCUUCUCCAGCACCACCUGAAGAAGAAGAAGCCCAGCUGCCUCAGCCAGACCCUGGGCUGGGACGGACCGGACCGCUGCUCGCCGGGGACGGGUUGCGUUCAUCUACCUCCUCAGAUCUGCCAUCGACAAAUGUGAUACAAAUCAUGAAGAGGUGAAAUGGGACUGUACAUGGGAUUGUACCAGCAGGUCGCUCGUGGGAAAACAACAACCCAGACGUGCUUCUGUUUUGAAUGAAGCAACUUUAUUACCUCAGUGUUGGUGAAGGUUAAUGUUACUGUACUUUAUUAGAGGAGGGUGUUCCCCUUAAAUGUUUUAAGUGUCUUUAGAGCAGGGUUUGUAUGGUGCAGUUCACAUGCCAGCAUCCCAAGGAUGAGUCAGGGUAGAAAUCCAGGACAAAACAAAUCAGAGAGCUUUCAGAGGACAACUCCUGUUUGUUUCCAAGUACUAUGGAUGUUUAGGAGGGUUAUGAAAUCACUGAGGCUGUAGAAUCAUUUUAUUGCGUACAAUUGUUCAUCAGAGUUGUUACACCCAAAGGAAUGUUGGUUUUUAUUAACAUUUGCAAAAUCCUGAUUUUUCCUUUCAUACUCUUGCUCUCAGUAAAAUGACAAAUGUGUAAAUGUGA